AGUCAUACAUGCUCUUUCAACCAAACUAAGCAUCUGACGCAACCCAUAUUUUCUGAAGCUCAAAGCGUCACUAAAGAAACAUGGCAGCCAUUGAUGCAACCUCUGGCUAUGACCGCAUGAAGGAGCUCAAGGAGUUUGACGAGUCCAAGAUCGGCGUGAAGGGCCUCUCCGAUUCUGGCAUCACUUCCAUCCCUCGGUUCUUCGUCCACCCUCCCGAAACCCUCUCUGAUCUCAAAUCUUUCUCCACACACACUAACAUCCCCGUCAUCGACCUCUCCGCCGUAAAAACCACUACUCACCGCCGCAAAAUCGUUGAACAAGUCAAAGAGGCGGCCACGACAUGGGGCUUCUUCCAGGUGAUCAACCACGGCGUUCCCUUGUCAGCACUAGACGAGACCAUCAACGCCAUCAAAGCGUUUCAUGAGCAACCCCACGAGGUGAAAAGCAAGUACUACAAACGCGAUGAGGGCCAGGGCGUGAUGUACGCGAGCAACAACGACUUGUACCGAGCCAACGCUGCUGCGUGGCACGACUCAUUGCAAGCGUGGAUGGCUCCAACGCCACCGAAAGUGGAGGAUAUACCGGAGGUUUGUAGGAACGAGGUGGUAGCAUGGGAUAAAAGUGCAACCGAGGUGGCAGAGACAGUGAUGGAGUUACUGUCUGAAGGAUUGGGGUUGGAGGCUAGGAAGUUCAAGGAGUUAAAGUGCUCGGAUUCGAGGGUUUUUGUGGGUCAUUGUUAUCCGUACUGUCCUCAGCCAGAUCUGACAGUGGGGAUUACAUCGCAUACUGAUCCCGGUGUGGUGACGGUUCUGCUGCAGAACCAUUUGCCUGGGCUGCAAGUGAAGCAUGGGGAUGAGUGGGUGAACGUAAAUCCUGUGCCCGGAGGUUUGAUUAUUAAUGUUGGUGACUUUCUUCAGAUAAUCUCGAAUGGGGAGUACAAAAGUGUACAGCACCGUGUGCUGGCUAAUUCCUAUAACGAAGCACGAAUCUCCAUUGUCAUGUUUUUCAACGUGGAAAAAGUGAAGGAAGAUAGCUCCUAUGGACCUCUGCCGGAGUUGUUGUCACCGGAAAAGCCAGCUAUUUAUAGGAGCUUCACCAUGCAAGAAUAUUUGGAGAAUUUUUAUUGCAAAGGGUUGGAUAGUAAGAGUAUGAUUGAGAAAAUUAAAAUACAAAAAUAGCAUAUAAUGUACAUUUCAUAUAUACCAAGUAUUUUGUAGAAUAAAAGGGACCGAUCGAUCGAUCCCUAUCUAAUUAAUCAGCAUUAAUGCUAUUUAUCAUGCUUAUUAGUAUAUUGAACCUAUGGAAGCACCCUAUGUUAUCUGCAUGAAUUCAAUUCUUAUAUAUU